AUGUUUGUGUCCAUCGGGGCCACCAAUGGCUCUAGCCCCCAGGUCACUCAGUUCAUUCUAAUGGGUUUCCCGAGCAUUCAUAGCUGGCAGCACUGGCUCUCCCUGCCCCUGGCCCUGCUCUACUUCUCGGCCCUCUUGGCCAAUGCGAUGAUCCUGCUCACCAUCUGGCAAGAAACAGUUCUACGCCAGCCGAUGUUCUAUUUCCUGGCUGUUCUGGCCCUAGUGGACAUGGGUCUGAGCACCACCAUCAUGCCCAGGAUCCUGGCCAUUCUCUGGUUCAAUGCCCGCACCAUCAGCCUCCCAGAAUGCUUCUUCCAGAUUUAUGCUAUUCACACCUUCAUGGGGCUGGAGUCUGGCAUCUUCCUGUGCAUGGCAACUGACAGGUAUGUGGCCAUCUGUCACCCCCUCCGCUACCCCUCUGUCAUCACAGAAGGCUUUGUUCUCAAGGCCACCCUGUUCAUGGUGUUCAGAAAUGGUCUCCUAUUUGUCCCGGUGCCUGUCUUGGCCUCAGAGCAUCUUUACUGUUCCAGGUACGAGAUUGACCACUGUCUGUGCUCCAACCUGGCUGUCACCAGCCUGGCGUGUGAUGACAGGAAGGCCAACAGCGUUUUCCAGUUGAUCAUGGCUUGGCUCUUGGUCGGCAGUGACGUGUGUCUCAUCAUUGUCUCCUACGCCCUGAUCCUGAGGGCGGUACUCAAGUUACACUCAGCCGAAGCCGCCUCUAAAGCCUUGAGCACCUGCAGCUCCCACAUCAUCCUCAUCCUCUUCUUCUACACAGCACUUGUCGUCUUGCCCAUUACCCACACUGCAAAACAGAAGGUGCCCUUCAUCCCUGUCCUCCUUAAUGUACUGCACUGUGUCAUCCCCCCGGCUCUUAACCCCGUAGUGUAUGCCCUGAGGACCCAGGAUAUCAAAGGGGGCAUGUCGAAAGUGGGGCAGCUGGAAAAGCAGCAGGGGGACACCAGAGCAGAAUCAUACAGACAGAGGUAUGCUGAAAUGCAGAUAGAAACAACAUUGAAGAAACAGGAGACCAGUACUUGA